CCGCAAGUUUCUUUCCAGUGCCGAGGCAUUAAACUGUCGAUCGACGAUGUAUAUCGAGCCUAUGCCAACUCCGAUGUAUGCUGUCCCUCUCAGGAACCGUGCCCAACGAGUCGGUCUAAUGUGGAGCUCGGAUUGUGUGGAGUGCGCACGCGACCAGGCGAUACGGUGCAGCGGGCGGAAGCCAGUUCGGCAGGCGCAUGCGAGCAUUCAAGGGACAGGCUGGAGGUAUCUGGCAAGUGUUGUUUCGGGCCGGCUCCCACGAAUCCUCGCAAUUUCGUGCUGGACCGGCAAAUGACAGGCGAUGACGAAGGACCUCGGCGAGAAAAUAUGAUCGGCGGACAUUCCGCAUCUAUUUACGACAAUCAGAUUCCUUUGGCACACCGGCUUGAGUCGAUCAUUUACAGUCGUCUACUUUGGCCUGCGUUUGUUCUUCCUCCUCCAAGACCUUCGACCAUCUUCCCCGCUACGACGUCUUGCCCAGUUCCUUGAAUUUUGAUCUUUCUGGAACGGUGAAUAGCCCAAGUUCAUCUGCAGAAAAUAUCGACUCCCGAUGUCUGCACGCCCGCGUUUUGAGCCUACGCCUUGCAUCGGUCCAACUGAUAACCCUACGCUCGGAGAGUCAUGGACACCGUUAAUCUCUGCCCCAGCCGACUUUCCUCCUGAUAUUUUCGAGGCUGCCACCGCUCAACUCGUUCAUCAUCCCGAAUACAACUCGACCUUGAUUUUGAGAUCCGAGCUCAUCGAGGAGACCGUAUCCAACUUCCCCCUCCUUGUCCCUGUAUUCAAGGCUGCUGAUCUGCAGCCGGUGCGUAAUAUUCAUCGGCGACUCUUGCCAAGAAGGCCCGGUCGAGAUGAGCCACUGGACCAGCACUGCACCUUUUAUGGCUCGCAGACGGCACCGAAUACACUGAUUCUCACUCCCGUCGUACCUGAUUCUAGCGCCAUGCCUUACUAUCAUCCACCGGUCUCCCACCUUGCUUUCCGGUAUCUGAAAACGUCCCCGCCAACACUUAGGGUCGAAGUCGUGUUACUCUCCUCCAACGUGCCGAUCGACCCGAACUCCCGUCUUUACCGCACCGCACUUGCUUUGCUUGACACGGUCCAUCGUUACGGGUGGGGAACAGCAACCAACUACCAGAAGCGUGUCAACCACGAUCGUGUCGUUCCCAGGGAAGCGUACCAGGACUUGUAUCUCGUUAUGCGCGAAAAGUUCAAGGGAAUGGUCGACACAUGGGCUGAAAGCACCGAUCCGCUCAAGCAUGUCUUUGAAGACAUCGGGAUUGCGACUUUUUUGAUCCUGCUGUGGAAAGAUACUUUCCCUUCCGUCGAGGAAGGAUCGUCCCUGAAUGAGCCGUGGAAGGGCUGGGGGCGCCCGCCAAGUGGGUUUCUCGACUUUGGUUGCGGCAACGGUUUGCUCACCCACAUUCUCGUCUCAUGCGGGUAUCCGGGCUUCGGUGUCGAUUUGCGAGCCAGAGUAUCCUGGGAAGCGUACCCCGCAGAAACACGAGCACAUUUACGGGUCGGCGCGUUUACUCCAGAUGUGCUUCACAUCAGCUCCCCAGAAAAUCCAUUCGCAUCUCCCCCUGGCGUGUUUAUUAUAGCCAAUCACGCGGACGAGCUCACUCCCUGGACUCCAUUACUUGCCACCCGAGUCGGUGCAAGCGGCUUUCUGAACAUUCCGUGUUGUCCUUGGGCAUUCGACGCAAAAUUCGAGCGCGGAAAAGCGACAGCGGGAUUCAAGGCCCCGCUUGAAGAUGCAGAUCUCUCGGAGGUAUUCAAUCUAGGACCAGAAGGAAACACCUCAGCUUACGGCAAGUAUCGCACGUGGAUCGGACAACUAAGUCAGCAUUGCGGAUGGGAUGUCGAAUGUGAGAUGCUGAGAAUUCCCAGUACAAGGAACUGGGCCCUGAUUGGCAGGAAGAGAUUCGAAAAUCGCUCGCAAGCGGCUACAAACGUUGACGCCAUUACUCAGGUUGUCGGAGACAGAGGGUUGUUCAAAGCAAGGAAACCGGAAGGAAAGGCCGGAAGAGGACAUUAGAAUUUAGAGAUACACAAUUGAAUCAGAGCUCAAUUUCACGGACACCGUCCUUGUCCACAACCUUCACUUUGUACUUCCCCGGACUGACCACCAAACGUUUCGAUACCUCAUCGAUACAGCGACGCAGCGUUGACAGACCUUCUUCCAGCGUUGCUUCGGGAUCAUGGUACCUGAGAAGGGGCGAUUACAUAUAAAUCAAUCACAAAAAAUAUCUCCACGAACCUGUCUAGCAAACUAAGAGCAAAGUAAGAUCCAUAACCAUGGGCUGCAAAUGGGACUUCGGCCUGCGUCCCCAUAUAAUCUAUCCAGUACAGGUGCGGCGUGCUCGUGGCCUCGUCGUAACCUCCAAGGAGGAGAUUGACGGCAUACGGUUUGCGGGAACGAAGAGAUGUGGCGAGGGAGCGACGAAUCCAGGCAGCCGAGGCGGCGGGGCGGAGCGCGUGCAGGUUUCUGAUGUGGUAGAGACGAAUGUUGCGCUCUACAUACUCGGCGAAUUGCACAGUAUCCC